GCAUCACCGGUGUUGUGUUAUUGACUGUUCUAUUCUAGCUAGCAAGCGUCAUAUGCGGUACAAGCUAGCUAGCAGUUGUCAAAAUUAAGACCGACUUAACUGUAACCAAAGAUCAACAAUGAGACGAGUUACGUUAUUCGUUAACGGGACGUCUAAAAACGGCAAGGUUGUAGCAGUAUAUGGGGCCUUGUCUGACUUACUAACCGUAGCCAGUAAUAAAUUGGGGAUAAAAGCCUCUUGUUUAUAUAAUGGAAAGGGAGGUCUCAUAGAUGACAUUGCCCUAAUCAGAGAUGAUGAUGUAUUGUAUGUCUCAGAAGGUGACCCAUUUAUUGAUUGUCAGAAUGAAGUCAAAGUCUCAUCUGAUCAACAAUGUGCUCACACUGACUGGUUGACCCUGAAUAUCGGUGGCCGUCUAUUCACCACAACCAGGAGCACUUUGGUCAGCAAAGAGCCAGAGAGUAUGCUUGCUCACAUGUUUCGAGAGAAAGAUGUGUGGGGAAACAAGCAAGAUGAGCAUGGAGCCUACCUCAUCGACCGCAGUCCUGAAUACUUCGAGCCUAUUCUUAACUACUUGAGGCAUGGUCAACUCAUUAUCAAUGAGGGUGUAAAUAUACGAGGUGUUCUUGAAGAGGCUCGGUUCUUUGGAAUUGAGCAACUUGCCGAUCAGUUGGAAGUGGUCAUCAAGAACUCUCAGCCUCCUGAAGACCACUCUCCUAUUUCCCGCAAGGAGUUUGUUCGUUUUCUUUUGGCAACACCCACUAAGUCUGAGCUCCGUUGCCAGGGUCUUAAUUUCAGUGGUGCUGAUUUGUCCCGGCUCGAUUUGCGCUACAUCAAUUUCAAGAUGGCUAAUCUCAGUCGUUGCAAUCUGACACAUGCCAACCUGUGUUGUUCCAAUCUGGAGCGAGCUGAUCUAUCCGGAGCCAACCUGGAUGGUGCUAACUUACAAGGCGUGAAGAUGCUCUGCUCCAAUGCUGAGGGAGCUUCUCUCAAAGGAUGCAACUUUGAAGAUCCUUCUGGCCUGAAGGCCAAUUUAGAAGGAGCCAACCUGAAAGGAGUCGACAUGGAAGGAAGUCAAAUGACUGGCAUCAACCUGCGGGUGGCCACUCUGAAAAAUGCAAAGCUGAAGAACUGCAAUCUGCGUGGCGCCACUUUAGCUGGGACUGAUCUUGAGAACUGCGACCUGUCUGGCUGUGAUCUCCAAGAAGCUAACCUGAGAGGGUCUAAUGUGAAAGGAGCCAUUUUUGAAGAGAUGUUGACACCGCUGCACAUGUCUCAGAGUGUCAGAUAACUCCACACCCUCAUGCAAAAUGAAGUGAGCCACAGCUAGCUUCCCACCCCCUCCCUCAA